AUGCGCAAGUAUAUUCGUAACCUCGUGGAAAGCGUAAUUAUGGCCACAGGUGGCAUGUAUGUUUCGUCCGUGGGUAACUCCUUCGAGUGCAAGAAGGCGCUCGCUCGGCAGCACCAAGUUAAGAAUGAACUUAUCCAUCUUGCAGAGGUCACUUCCUGGUCCUUGGUCAGUAAGACCUAUCAACCGGAGCUGAACGAAUCGGUGGGCGUGAGCAUCGACUUAGCCGCUAUUCCGGAGCCUCCCCCAUUGCCGGAAGCAAUCGAAGCAUUCUGGGGAGAGUUCUCGUGGACAGAGAAUCCGUGGACUCCGGACGAGAUGGUACCAUGUCUGAAGAGCAAGAAGCUGCAAGCUUUGGCGCUCUUGCCCGUACGUCGUCCUGGUGACGCUAAAGAACCUAUCAACAAGGUCGGCGAACAGUACAAGGAGAAGGUAACAGUAACGGAGGAGCGUCGUGCUAGAGCAGCAGCCAAAUGGCAUUGA